CGUCUAUCGACCUUUCAGUAUACGAUCGACUUUGUCAAAUGUAAGUGUGUCGACUGCAGAUCAUCUUUGUUUUUGACACAAUUUGUGAGAGUGGCAUUUGAACUGUGUGCUGUGGAGGUGUGCUAGUCAUGGGUAACAGAUCUUCGCUUCUUUUGAGGGAAGAGGAGAUCGCGCAGAUACAAGAAGAAACUGGAUUUACUCCCCACCAGAUUGAGAGAUUGUACAGCAGGUUCACAAGUUUAGACCGCGGUGACUGCGGAACAUUGAGCAGGGAAGACUUUCUUCGCAUACCGGAAUUGGCAAUCAAUCCUCUUGGCGACAGAAUCGUGCAUGCAUUUUUUGAAGAGGGCUGCAGCGAUCGCGUCAAUUUUCUACAGUUCAUGCAAGUUCUAGCACACUUCCGACCGAUUAAGAAAGGUCGAGACAAUAAGCUAAAUUCGAGAGAGCAGAAGCUUAAGUUUGCCUUCAAAAUGUACGAUUUGGAUAAUGAUGAAAAAAUAUCUAGGGAUGAAUUACUAGCCAUUCUUCAUAUGAUGGUAGGAGCAAACAUAAGUGAAGAGCAACUGACAAGUAUUGCUGAACGCACAAUUUUAGAAGCUGAUCAAAAUGGUGACCAAAUGAUUUCAUUUGAAGAAUUCUGUAAGGCUUUGGAGCGGACAGAUGUGGAACAGAAGAUGUCGAUUAGAUUUCUUAAUUGAGAUCAUAAAAAUGCAGUGCAUUUAACAUCUGAGAAUAUGUAACUUUGUUUAAUAAUUUUGGGAUAGGUUUGAUUUUCUUGGUAUGUUGUCUUCUGGGUAACACAUGCUAUAUAGACUCAGUUCAGUCUUAAUGACUUAAUUUCUUGUCAAUAGAAUUGUUAUUUAUAUCUUAUCUUGUAGUAAAGAUUGUGUUGUAGCUAUAGAUCCAGUACAAAUAUAUUAUUUAAAUGUUGCACCAGAAUAAAUGUAAUAUAGUGUACAUUAAUAUGUAAUAAGAGGGUCAUACUGAUCAGCUGAGGGAACAAUGUAUUACUGGUAUGUAAUUGUGAAAUAUGCUGUUUGAUAUAUAAAGUUCUAUAAAAAGUUA